UUGUGACAUAUAUAUAAAACAAACCAUCGCCACAAUUUCUAUCAGUCCCAAAAGUCUUCCACCAACCACCAAUGCCUUUUGUUACAUUAGUUUGCAUUUUCUGAUUUUUGACAGAAGCGAAAAGGCAAUUCAGUAGAGAAGGGAUAGUCUUUCAACACAUUGUGCUCAAAGAAGUGCAUAUUCAUAGGUUAAAAAUGAAGUUUGAUUGUAUCUGGCACCAUGUACAAAAUUUAACUCAAAAUGGAUCAUUGACCUAAAUGUAAAAUAAAAACUAUAAAACUCUAGACAAGGACGUUAGGUAAAGAUUUCUUAGAUAUAAAACCAAAAGCUCAGAUACAAAAGAACAAGUUGAAAAAUUGGACUUACUCAAAAUUAGGGAUUGCUAAUUUUGAUAAUGUGAAAAACAAGAGAGAAGGUAGGAAAAUUGGGAGCACAGGAUUGAACGCAUAGCUUUGGCUUCCUCAGUGAAGACAGAAAAUAGGAGGUGGGGAAUUCCCUGGCAGUCCAGUGGUUAGGGCUCAGAGCCUUCACUGCCUUGGCCAAAAAAAGAGAGAGAGAGAAAAUAGGAGGUAGACCAGCGAUUCCAGCUAUUCAGUCAUCCCUGUUCCUCUCCUUUGUCAUCAUCUCAAGUUUGGGGUCUUCUACAAAUUUUAUUACUCUUUUCAAAUUCUUAGCAUUUGUCCUAGCAUUUAGAAAUCUCACAUCUUUUAUUUAUUUAUUGGGCCGCACCGCUCAGCUUACAGGAUUGCAGGAUCGUAGUUCCUGACCAGGGGUUGAACCCUGGCCCACGGCAGUGAAAGUCCUAACCACUGGACCAUCAGGGAAUUCCCUCACAUCUUUUAAAUCCUAAUUUUUCCUUUAGUAAGUUGUGUUUGUUUUGAAUUUCUCCAGUGUUCUGAUUAUUUUCUUACGACCCAGGCAUCAAGGCACCAAGUUCGCCCAGGCCUCUUGCUGUAUUAGGAGCUAGACCCUUCCUCUCUUGGCAGAUCCUGAUGUCCUCUAGGUGUUCCAGGACAACCUCACACUGUCUCAUGGGAUAUUCUUAGCUAUGCUGAAUGUUGUUGGUAUUUUAAUUGAACUCUGGCAAGCUGCUCAGCACUGCGUGAGGCAGACAGAUAGGGAGGCCUCUGUGGGAGCCGUAGGAGACCACUAGUUUCCCGGCUGUUCUGAUGCAGGGCUUUGUGAAGGAUGUCCAUGAAGACUCUGUCACCAUCUUCUUUGAAAACAACUGGCAGAGUGAGAGACAAAUUCCUUUCGGGGAUGUCCGGCUACCACCUCCAGCUGACUAUAAUAAGGAGAUCACAGAAGGGGAUGAAGUGGAGGUUUAUUCUCGAGCCAAUGAGCAAGAACCUUGUGGCUGGUGGCUGGCCCGGGUGCGGAUGAUGAAGGGAGAUUUCUGUGUCAUUGAAUAUGCUGCCUGUGAUGCCACUUACAAUGAGAUUGUCACCCUGGAACGGCUUCGGCCAGUUAAUCCCAAUCCCCUUGCAACCAAAGGCAGCUUCUUCAAGGUUACCAUGGCUGUGCCUGAGGAUCUGAGAGAGGCCUGCUCCAAUGAAAACGUCCAUAAAGAGUUCAAGAAAGCAUUGGGAGCAAACUGCAUCUUUCUCAACAUCACAAAUCGUGAGCUCUUCAUCCUGCUCCGGAGGCAUCUGAAGAGCUCCUUGCGGACACUUUUCCGUCAUGUUUUCCCCAAAGACAAGCAAGCCAGCUGUGUAGGCAGCCAUCGCAUGUGCAUGCGCUGCUCCGUGGAUCCCAAGAAGCUGCGCUCAAGAGUUUCUUCCCGCUUCCGCCAUCGCCCAAGCUUCCUGCUCGGGCACCCAAACCACCUUGACUCGUGGAUACCAGACUCAAAAGAUGAGAAGGCUUCUGGGUGCUGCUGGAUGCCGCCUCAGUGUGGACGGGCUGGGGCUCCCACGGAGGCUCCACGGGGACUGUGGAAGGAGGGGGUAGUGGGAGCUGGCGAGGCCCCUCCGGUCACAGCCUUAAAGUCCCGAGCCACCUUUUACUCCAGGCAAGAGACAUCUUCCAAGCUCCGCAGGAUGAGCAAGGUGGACGUGCUUCCAGGCCGCCUGCCCCAAGAGAGCAAGACGAAGACCCCAGACUAUGACCCAGCCCAGGCUCCAGCCCGGGCCCAGACCCGCCCCCCAGUUCAGCCCCCUGCGCAUGCUCCUGCCAACGCCCAGACCUUCGCCUCAGCCCACCCCCCUGAGCACACCCCCCCCCCACCCCAGGCCGAGACCUGCUCCCGAGGCCACGCCCAUGAGCACACUUCCGCCCAGGCCCAGGCCUUCUCCCCAGUGGACCCCACUGGGCACACUCCUGCCAAGGCCCAGAACUUUUCCUCAACCCACCCCUCUGAGCACGCCCCACCUCAGGCCCAGACUUGCUCCACGUUCCACCCCCCUGAGCACACCACCCCCCAGGCCCAGACCCCCUCCCCAGCCCUCACCCCUGAGCACAGCCCUGCCCAGGUCCAUGGCCCUGAGCAUACCUCAGCCCAUACCCCAGCCCAGGCCCAAGCCCAGGCCCCCUCAAAUGCCUCAGCCCAGUCCCUGGGCCACACUUCUCUCUGCACCCUGACCCAUGCUCAUCUGACCUAUACCCAUGCCAACACUCUGGUCCCUCCCCCACCUUCGGCCCCAGUCCCUCCCCCAACUUCUGCCCCUGCUACUACUCCUGCCCUAGCCCCUACACCAGCCCCUGUCCCGAUCUCUGCCACAACCUCUGUCCCAGUGCAGGUCAUGGCCCUGACGACCACUCCAUUCCCUUCCACCACCCCGACCCCCAUCCUAGCUUCUAUUCCCUCUACCUUGUCUGCCUUCAGCCAAGGCCUCUCCUCCGGCCAGGUGGUCUACGAUGCCCGCAGGGUAAAGCAGAACGUGGUCCAUGUGUGUCCCCCUCAGAACUCUGGGUACUCCAGAAAGGACUUGGGUACCGUCUGCAGGCCCCAAGAGGGGCAUGGUCUGGUGAGCUCUGGUACAGCUGAGCAAACACUGAAGCAAUGUAGUGGGGACAGUGCCAAGCCCUCCACAGGAUCCAUACUGGGUUACCUGGAGUUGGGGAAUAUGGAAUGGAAGAUCUCAAAUGAUGCCAAAGACAAAUUUGUGCAGUCCAAGACCUUCCCUUACUGCAGCUUCCAUCCUUGCAGUUCUGAGAAGAGAAACACGGACCCCCAGGCUCCAGUCUACCCCAAAUUCCUGGUGUACUCCAAGGAUGCUGCACCUUCUCAACCUUGCUUCCAUUCUCCAACCAGUGCCCAGAGCUCACCAUGCGCCAUGCCUCCACCAUGCACUCUUUCUCUGCCUCUUGUUUCUCCCAGAUCCUUUGUCCUUCAUCAACACAGCAACCACCACAAGCCCUCCGCCUUAAUACAACCCCCCACCUUUCCCCCAACCUCCAAGUCUCCUCCGUCUGUCCUCUCUUCCCAGGGCCCCAUCCCUCCCCAGUUAGCCACUACGUCCCAAACCCCAAACCAGCCCCAACCCCCUGAACUUCGUGAGAGUCUAGGCCUCAACCAAGGCUCUGUCCUCCAAAGGACCCCAGGCCCUGCAAGAGAGUGUAGGGUUUCCAGAAACCCAGGCCUUACCCCAAAUCCAGGCCUCCACAAGAACCCUCUAGGAACUGACUCUGUCCAAGCUUUGGGCCCACAUCAGACCCGAAAGUUAUUUAGAUCUGAGGCAGUUCCUCGAAAGGAGGAUGCAGGGCAGCACAUACCAUGGACUUCUGUCCCACCCAGUCAGAACUCCUGCUCUCCCAAGGCUCAGGUGACCUACAAUGACCUGCAAACCUUCUCAGAGGUACCUGUGCUGAUUGAGCUGCAAUCAUCCUCCCGGCGAGCAGGCAGCCAAGACUGGGUGUACCACGCCAUGGAUACAGUUCCUCCAGCCUGCCAGAACUAUCGCCAGAUGUCUACGCCUCCCAAGACCAGCUGGAAGCCCUACUGUCCUGGGUCAGGCACCCGGCUAGGGCAUGUGGUCUUUGACGCCCGCCAGAGACAGUUCAGAGCGGGCAGGGACAAAUGCGAAGCUCUGUCUCCCAGGCGCCUUCACCGAGAGACAUCCAACAACUCACCGGAGACCAUCAAGGUGUGGGGAUAUCAGGGGACAGAUAUGCAUGAGGAAUAAAGAGACAAGAGAAGUGUUCUGUGGUUGUGUGAGGACAUCCACCCCAGCCCCAUCCCACAGGGCCUGAUGAGGACCUAAACUAUCCCUGCUUUCCCUCCAUCGCUGUCUAGCUAAAUCCGUUAUCCCCAAGGCCCUAGAGCUGCAUUGUCAAUUA